GACACUUAAAAACUACAUUUGAAAGGGUAUUCAAAAGGCUGUUACAGUCACAUCGACGCAUAUACACGUUGGUUUGUCGGUGGGUCGUUUGGUGGGUCAAUUGUGGUUGGCUAAGGCGCGAACAGGUUCGCAAAUGCGCAGAAUUCAAUCAAACCGAAUACAGCAACAAGUAAAAAGCGACAGGCAACAAGAAACAAGAAACACGCAACAAGCGACAGGCGACAGGCGACAAGCGACAGCAACAAGCAUUGAUUCAUAGAUUUUUGGGUAUUUCUGUGCAGUUGUUGUGCCCGGUUGAGACAGUGCGUCUGAUGCGUAAGUGGACGUCGCGUGGACGCCCGUCACAUGUCGUGUAAAAUGUCCGUGUGCGCACUCGCACGCCCGCCCGCAGCAGCCGCCGUAAGCAGUGCGAAUAACGUGAACGGACAAACAGUUGCAGCGACGUCGCCAGCGACGACGCCAACGACGCCGCCAACGCCGCCGCCGUCGCCGCAGGUGCGCAUCUACGAGGACUUUGACAGGAUGAGCGCCAAGGAGGUGUACUACAAUGAGGCGGGCAAGAAGGUGACGGUCAAGUUGCUCCACUUCCCGGAUGUUCUGCCCGAGGACAUAGCCAAGCUGCGCUUCGAUGACGAGGACGACCAGAAUGCCGACGAUGCCGACGUGGACGACGACGAUGGCGUCGAUAGCGAUGCAGGUCGCUCUGCCAAUAGCAGCCACAGCACCGGCGCCGGCAUCGGCAUCAGCAAGACGCCGCCCACCGCUGACAGCGACGAUGGCGACAGCGAGACCGAGAAGCCUGACCUGGAUGGCAGCGGCAGUGGCAAUGCCACAGCCACCGGCGCCAUCAAGAAGACCUUCCGGCGCAAGCUGUCCGGCAACAAUAUGCAGCCGCGCAAGUGCAGCCUGGCGUUUGCCCAGGCGCAUGGCAUCAAGCAGCGCGCCGAGAAGAAACUGUCGAUGCCCACCAUCAGCAUCACAGCCAAUCCGGGCGAGCAUGUCAGCCUGGCGGGCGGGCGCAAGCUCUCGCAACAGCACUCGCUGCCCAUGACGAUGAUGACGCCGCCACGUCGCAGUCAUUCGCCGCUGGGCCAGAGUCUCUGCCCCGGCUACAUACAGUACUCCAAGUCGCUGCUGGAGGUGCCCAUGCCAAGGGAUUAUGGCUACGCCAGCAGCGACGAUCUGAGCUCUGAGUGGGACUCGGAUGUAUCCACAUCGGCGGCCUCGUCCGCAACUGCAUCGGGCUCUGGCUCGGGCGCUACGGGUGCAACCUCAGCGAGCGGCACGAAGAAGAGCUCUGGCUGGCGGAAAAUACGAAACAUCGUGCAAUGGACGCCCUUCUUUCAGACGUACAAGAAGCAGCGCUAUCCAUGGGUACAGCUGGCGGGCCAUCAGGGCAACUUCAAGGCCGGUCCCGAGCCGGGCACCGUUCUCAAGAAGCUCUGCCCCAAGGAGGAGGAAUGCUUCCAGGUGCUCAUGCAGGAUGUCCUGCGCCCAUAUGUGCCCGUCUACAAGGGUCAGGUGACCAGCGAGGAUGGCGAACUCUAUCUGCAGCUGCAAGAUCUGCUCAGUGACUAUGUGCAGCCGUGCGUCAUGGAUUGCAAAGUGGGUGUGCGCACCUAUCUGGAGGAGGAGCUGUCCAAGGCCAAGGAGAAGCCCAAGCUGCGCAAGGACAUGUACGACAAGAUGAUACAAAUAGAUGCCCAGGCGCCCAAUGCCGAGGAGCACGCGGCCAAGGCGGUGACCAAGCCACGCUACAUGGUCUGGCGCGAGACCAUCUCGAGCACUGCCACGUUGGGCUUCCGCAUUGAGGGCAUCAAGAAGAGCGAUGGCACCAGUUCCAAAGAUUUCAAGACGACCAAGUCACGCGAACAAAUCAAACUGGCCUUCAGCGAGUUCCUCAGCGGCCAUCCACAUAUUCUGCCACGAUAUAUACAACGCUUACGGGCCAUACGGGCCACCUUGGCCGUCUCAGAGUUUUUCCAGACUCACGAGGUCAUUGGCAGCUCGCUGCUGUUCGUGCACGAUCAGACGCACGCCAGCGUUUGGCUUAUUGACUUUGCCAAGACGGUGGCGCUGCCGCCUCAUAUGAGGAUCGACCAUUAUUCGGCCUGGAAGGUGGGCAAUCAUGAGGAUGGCUAUUUGAUUGGCAUCAACAAUCUCAUCGAUAUAUUCGUCGAGCUGCAGGCGGCCAAUGAAAUGGAGUCUGCAGCGGACGCCGCUUCGGGCUCUGGUUCCGGCUCCGGCUCCGGCUCUGGUUCCGGUUCAGCGUCGGGUUCCGGUUCGGUUUCACCAGCGCCCGCCUGCAGCGGUCAGGAGGAGGAGCCCAGCAAAAUAUAAAGGGCACAGCAAGAAAACAAUCUAACAUAAUAUAUAUACACUCAUAUAUAUAUUUAUAUAGAACUAUUUAGCUUACAAUUACACUGAAGCGUUCCAUGGGGCUGCGCCCCGCCAAGGACAUUUCCUAGCACAUUCCACAGAAAUGUGUUAAAACAAAACAAAAUCAAAUAUCAAAAAAUAUCAAUUAACCAUAAUCCAAACUUAGUUUUAUGCAUAUAUGUAUAUGUAUGUACCUUUUUUUUUGUUUUUUUUUUUCUCUCUCUUUAACCCGUUAAGUUUAAAAUCAAAGACUGAACAACAAUAUGCGUAUACC